AUGCUUCAACCGGAGUUUUCCUUGCAGCAAGUGCGCCCACAUAUUCCGUGUCUCUCCACAUCAGAGCACGCCAAAGGACCGAUUGUCUCUCUAGCUUGGUGGACGAUUCCAGUCACUCUUGAUGUCCUUAGGCUCUCAUACGGAAGCCUCUCAUUUACCAAGACUUUGAAAGGCCGAUAA